CGGGGUGAGUGGGGGGCGGCGGGAUCCGUGCGCGACGGGGGGACAUAGGGAAGGUCCUGGCAGCUCAGCAUCCUCUGCAGGGAGCCAAGCACCAUCCCGGCCCCAAUGCAGCAUUGAGACUGAAUCAGCUGCAAUUGUGGCCCAGCAACGCCUUGAAGCACCAUGGCAGAAAAGGUGAAUAACUUCCCACCGCUCCCCAAGUUCAUCCCCCUGAAGCCCUGCUUCUACCAGAACUUUGCGGAUGAGAUCCCCAUCGAUUAUCAGUCCCUGGUGAAGAGGAUCUACCACGUCUGGAUCUUUUACUGCAUCACGCUGGUCGUGAACAUCAUUGCCUGCCUGGCGUGGUGGAUUGGAGGUGGCUACGGUGUCAACUUUGGCUUGGCCAUCCUCUGGCUGAUCCUCUUCAGCCCCUGCAGCUACGUCUGCUGGUUCCGACCAGUGUACAAAGCAUUUCGGUCAGACAGCUCCUUUAAUUUCAUGACCUUCUUCUUCGUCUUUGGUGCUCAGUUCGUCCUCACCGUCCUGCAGGCCGUGGGUUUCUCUGGAUGGGGAGCAUGUGGUUGGUUGGCUGCCAUCACGUUCUUCAGCACCAAUGUGGCAGCUGCUGUGUUCAUGCUGUUCCCUGCCAUUAUGUUCACCGUGUCGGCGGUGGGGAUGCUCAUCUGCAUUCUGAGGGUGCACAAAAUCUACCGAGGGGCUGGAGGAAGCUUCCAGAAGGCUCAGGAUGAAUGGCACAGCGGCGCAUGGAGGAACCCCCCCAGCAGAGAGGCCCAAUACAACAACUUUGCAGGGAACAGCCUGCCCGAAUACCCCACGGUGCCCAACUACCCCUCUGGAAACCAAUGGCCUUAGGCAGCCCCGGGCUGCGCUCUGCCUGGAUUCUCUCCUUUUAUUCUUUUUUGGCUCCUUUUAUCGUUAUCUGAAAAGAUCAUUUGCAUUCCCCUCCGUUUGCUCCGCUCCUCGUGGGGGUUUUUUUUUAGUUGUUCUGGUUAUUUUUUGGUCUCCUCGUUGCUGCAGAAGAUGUGUGCUGUCUGCUAUGGCGAGCUGAGAGCUCCGUAAGGCCGGAUCACAACAUCUGAAGGUCUUUUCUCCCUUGUGCUGCUCAUUGCAGACUGAGGAACCCACUGCUCACUGCCCUUUGCUCGAGGGCUCCUUGUGAUUGUGGCUGAGCUCCCUGCAAUGUGAGCACUGCCGGCGUUGCUCUCCUGCUUCCCCGCACACUGGAACAACCUCAAUGUGAGCACGAAUACCAACCGGUGUCGGCUCUUUCCUGGAUGAAUAAUCUGGAAGUUUUCACUCCAUCUCACACCUGAUUUCUUUGGUACUGCUGGUCUGAAGGUGCCCGUGCAAUGUGCAGCCUCAUCUGCUGAAGAUUCCUUUGUAAGGCAGCGCUCGCUGUGGGUGAGUCUUGCUCAGAGGUGAAGAAGAGUCCCCAUUUCCAUGGCUAGAACCGCUCGUAGGAUCUAAGUCCUGCUUUCCCUGCUCCUAAAAGCUUUAGCUGAAUCUUUGUGCUGCAGAGGUGCAGAUUCAUCUCAUUUUGUUAACGAGUGCUCACAGGAAGCCCACUGGAAGAUACUGGUGUUGGGCUUUGAGCCUGGGGAUGCUCGCCCUCUUAUAAGCAGUCAGUGUGAGGUCUCUGUGCCAUCCCAGUCCCACACCAGGAUUUCCAUGCUGACCCUAUGCGUGCCUGUCUGACAUCCCUUGUCCUGUGUUCUGGGUUCCAGCUGCGUUAUCUCAGCACUGAGUCCCAGGAUGGUUUGGGAACAAUUCCAUUGCAACGGAUAGAUUUAAUUCUGCUUUCUAUCAAUGUUAGUUCAAAUCCAGCACCAUCGUGAUGCUCCUUCCAGGUACGAGCAGAGCUUCUUGCCUUUCCCCAGGAAUCAGCAAAAGAGGAUAAAGCUGUCAGGAGGGAUCGUAACCCUGAGAGCUGGCACUGAUCUCAUCACCCACCUUCAUCUCGUGCACGUCCAGCAGGACGGCCAGAGCCUGAGCCAUCCCAUUCCCUGUGUCCUACCCAAGCAGCAAAGGCUGUGCUUUCCCCUUUCCCCCAGCACCCUGCAGGAACUCUCUCUGUCUUGGAGAGCAGUUCCCAAUAUUCUGAAGGGAGUGAGCGUGGAGCAUCUUCAGCUCUGACAGCUGGUCCUGUGCAGGGCCCCGUGUGCCAGGCAUGGAGGUUUGGGUUGACCCCACGGCCUGCCCAGCUCUAGGGGAUGCAAUAGUUGCUGCAGCAUGAGUCACUCCAUGUUCACACUAAGUAACUGGAAAGCAAACCUGGUUCCUGGACAGGGCCAGCCCCAGCUGGGAGGAACUGAUUUGCAAGUGAUCUUUUGAAAACCGUUUCUACAUGUGCCUUAACUAAUGAUGUUAGUUCAUGAAGGAGAAAUCUUUAUUCCCCUUUCCCUUCUGCAAAACUUCCCCCUUCGCUCCAUUAACUUUUCCCAUGUCAUUCCGUACAGCUUGGAGUAUGCACAACACCUUUGUUGUUAGGGCCAAAGCAACAGCAAACAUCAGUGGGAGGGCAGAGCCUCCUCUGACCUUGGUUUACGAGCAGCACUGACCCCAGCAGCAGCAGCAGCCCGGGGAUAUUUCAUGUGCUGAACACAAGGGUGUUUUCUUCUUGCAAGUGUGCAAUGUGUUUGUAACUACAAAUGCUUGAAGCCUUUAUAAUAGAAUAAUACCUGGCUGCGUUGCCAAGCUUUUAGGUGCCUUUGUCAUGUGUCAAGUGUGAUUUUAAGCGUUCCACGUCGCUUUGCCAUCGGAGAGUGAUAAAAGAACCGUGAGGAGAAGCAUUGCCAAGAGACUCUGCACUUCUCUUUUGCCCUUUGGGGAACCUGGGGGUCUUUGGGAGCGUCCAUCCUCGCAUUUCCAACCUGCUCCAUGCAGAGAAGGGGAUAAUUCAGAGCUUCAAACCGAACUGGUUGGAGGCAGACACCAAUAUCACAACUGUGAUUGCUAAACCAUGAGCAAACACUGCCGGAGGUUUCUAAAGAGCUUAAGUGAAGCUGCGUGGAUGGGAGCUGCCAUCUCAAAGCACAUUUUCCCCCCAUUUUCCAUCCUUUUCAAUGCCAGAGUUCCAGCAAGUCAACUCAGUGCUGCCUGAACUGCCUUGGCUUCAUUCUUCGUGCUCCUCUAUGGUUAUUUUAAUGUUUACAUUCAAUCUCCUCACACCAUUAACCCAGACCUGGUUCCGCUCGUGUCCACGUGCGAUGUUUUGUGUGUGUGUAUCACUUGCAGGGCUCUGCUUUGUGUUUGGAUCACAAGACAAUAAUAAAAAGGUGACAAGAA